AUGUGGAAGAUUCGGACAUUAUGCCCAACAAUGUCCCAAUCAUUUAAACUAACAUCGGUGUCACAAGUGGAUGGUAGUGGCACCAACAAUACAAAUCCAUUACUCACCUUCAUUCGUGUUCAAGUUAAUAACGUGCCCAUCGAAGUCAUAGUAGAUUCCGGUGUUACUCAUUCCUUCAUUCACAAAAAUACACUGGCACGACUGCAUCAUCCAAAAAUUGAACAGACAUCAAAUACAUUCCAGCUAGCAAAUUCGAGUGAAAUGAAAAUUUUGGGAUAUGUAGACCUACAAAUCAAAAUAAAUCACAUUACAACAACAGUAUCAGCAAGUAUUGUCGACUCAUCGUGCGCAAAUUUUAUCUUGGGUGACGAUUGGAUCACAAAUUACAAGGUAAUAAUUGAUAAAUUUUCUAGUCGCAUGUCCAUCCCAACAAGAAAUGGUUUAACAUCAACACCAAUUAUACAACACGGUGAGGAUACGGUAUUUAGGGUCAAACUCGCCAAUACAAUAAUACUGAACCCCGGUUUCAAUACAACACAAGCCAAGGUACCAAUAUCAUCAGCUGCAACAGUGCUAUUUCAACCAUUCAGACAGCUGCAGUAUGAGAGACCAUUAUUAUUAUAA